AAUUUUUACAAGGCCUGGAGCUAUAUAGCUCCUCAACUUCCAUUCUGGUGUGGGCUGUGACAGUCUAUAGUGGAAGAAGAGACAGGCCCUUGAUUCUCCUUCACUAUGGCUCUCAAUACUCGGAAAACCUCGAGGCUCCUCACUCCCUUCGCCCAACAGAUACGCCGAUAUGCUGCGCCUGGUGAAGGGACGGUCCCUCCGUCCAAGAAGAAAUACGUACCCACAAGCGGAACCUAUCCCGUCGGAUUUGUGGUUAGCAGCACACACGUUGGCGUCAAAGCUUCCAAUACUAGAUUCGACGACCUGGCCCUUGUAGCCUCCGAAACACCAUGCUCGGGUGCGGCGGUGUUCACCAAGAACAAGUUCCAAGCGGCCCCGGUCACAGUCACAAGGGAUAUGUUGAAAAGGAGGGGAGGCAAGGGGAUCCGAGCUGUAGUCGUGAACUCGGGUUGUGCCAAUGCCGUCACAGGGAGGGGUGGGAUUGAGGAUGCGGUGAAGAUGGGAGAAGAGACGGAUAGGUGGUUUGAUGGGGAGAAAGAUGAUGGCUUAGGGAGCCGGAGUGUAGUCAUGAGUACGGGUGUAAUUGGGCAACGACUACCAAUUCAAAAGAUCCUCUCCAAGAUACCAGCAGCACACAGCACACUUGGUUCCGACCAUGAUCACUGGCUUGCCACGGCCCGUGCCAUAUGCACCACCGAUACUUUCCCCAAGCUCCUCUCCCGAUCAUUCACUCUCCCUUCUUCACCGAAUACUACAUACCGUAUGGCAGGCAUGACAAAAGGCGCAGGCAUGAUCCACCCCAACAUGGCCACACUUCUGGGCAUCUUAUGUACCGAUGCACCUAUAUCACCUGACCCUCUCCAAUCCCUCCUCACGGCCGCAAUUGAUAAAUCUUUCAAUAGCAUAUCAAUCGACGGCGACACGUCCACUAACGACACCGUUGCACUUCUCGCCAACGGCGCUGCUGGAGGGAAGCCCAUCGUAGACACCUCGAGCCCGGACUACGCUGCCAUGCAAGAAACUCUCACAUCGUUCGCUACCGAUCUAGCAAAGCUGGUAGUCCGCGACGGCGAAGGCGCAACUAAGUUCGUCACUAUCAGAGUGACGAAUGCCGCCUCCUAUACUGAUGCCAAGCGUGUUGCAUCAACCAUCGCUCGUUCGCCCCUCGUCAAGACUGCCCUAUACGGCAAAGACGCCAACUGGGGUCGUAUUCUGUGCGCAACUGGUUACGCAGAGGGCGUUGACUCAGUAAUCCCAGACCAGACGAGUGUGAGCUUUGUCCCAACAGACGGCUCACCAGAGCUGAAGCUGCUCAUACGGGGAGAACCAGAAGCCGUGGAUGAAGCGCGGGCAGCGCAGAUCCUCGAGGCCGAGGACCUGGAGAUCUUAGUCAGGCUCUCGGAGAAAAAGGGAGAGGAGGCGGUGUACUGGACUUGUGACUUUAGUCAUGAGUAUGUGACUAUUAACGGGGAUUACCGGACUUGAAUUAGAUGUUUAAUGAAUGCAACGAAAUAGGAAAGAUAUGUUCAUGAGCCUUCUCAGGUUAAGAGCUCGUUCCAAAAGCACCGCGACAAUCAACCGUUCGAAGGUCCUUACUUGUGAGAUUCCAAAACUAAUGAACAUGACCCACGGAAUCAACGAAGAAAAGCUGCGCACACAUGCACCUAUUGUUGCACCUGGACAAUAUUUUCGUGUCCCUCAUAUAUUGAUGUGUGCCCAUCUGAGCCUAUUUGGUAGCUCUAGAUGACCUUGGAAA